CUCGCCCGUCCAUCAAGUUCGCUGCGUCCUCUAUUGUUUGUCCAUCAUGGAAGAGCAGCUGGUUCGCCACAAGAAGCCCAAGAAAAAAUCACGACCUCUGCCUCGCCAUUCUCGACCCGACGAUGCGUCGACCUCCAGCCCCAUCCAAGUUCUGCCCAGUCCAACGCUCGAUGACUUUGCCUCGUCCUCGGAUGGCAAGCAGCACCCCCAGACAACCACCCAGAGCAUUCUUUUGCAGUCUCCCGAGAUGCAUGUCGACUUUUCGUCGCUGCGUGAGCUGGCUGGGCCCUCUCAUAUCCCCCGCAUGGAGCCCGGCCGUCCUGAGCCACAGCUGUAUCCUGCUCUCGGUGAAGCAGUGGCCGGCGGGCUUCCCGAACAGUUCCAUGAGUCCACAGCUCCAUCCGCACCGUCAGCCCCGCAACUGGAGUCCAGUCCGUAUGUUCUUCAAAGCUACCCCCUUUCGACUUUGCCCGAAAUCGAGCAACUGAACCUGCGUGCCGUCUGUGACGGAGAUACCGAGAACGACCAUUCCGCCUGGGCCAUCGUGGAUGACGCUCCCUUUGCACACGACAAUGUCUUUGUCUCGGCCCAUCAGUAUCCUUCGGCCCCGCAGCUCUUUGAAGACGACUAUGAGGUCGACUUUGCACAGUACAGCCAGACGCAUCGCGAGCGAGUCAGCCUCGAAAAUGCAGAUAUCUUCAAAGACUACCUCGAGCCUGUUGCUGAAGAUGUACUCAACAAACUCUAUAUUAACGAGCCACUCCGACAGCACCAAGCGCUGGUGGACCACUUCCGCGCUCAACGGGCAAACCUCCCCGCGGAUGAGUUUUACGAACAUUUGUGUCAGUACGAGCGAGCUUCUGUAGAGUCACAGAAGAGCAUGAUCCAGAUCAAGGCACUGAAUGACACAGCAAACAGCACUAGCUCACGCAUCUGGAGCCUCAAGAAGCAUUCGGAGGGCAUCGAGCGAGUUUGCGUCGACGGCGUCAAGCUCAUGCACAACUUCACCUCCGAGGUUGCUAUCUUCAGCGACACUGCCGCCACCCAGCUCCAGGACACACUUGACAGCCUCCGGCAGGAAAUCCACAGCAACUGUAUACGCGUGUGCUUUGAUGCCAAAUUGUCUCGCCUCUGGAUCCAGAAUUUCAUUGACGAAUUUCUGACCGAAAGCCCGCUGUUUUCGCUUGUUGGCGAUGGCUCGUCAGCGACAGCGUCGAUGGACUCGAAUCUGGACAAGGGAUCUCGAGGAGGUCUGGGUGACGUGUCAACAGAAGCAUUCGACGAGCAAGUAGGCACUUUGAAGCACUACCUCGACGUCCUCUUUGAUUUUGAAGUGCGGAUGCACGCUGCGCAUCUUGGCAGUCAUGCUGCCGACAAGCAUGUCCCCACUGCCCUCGCCAGUCCACAGCCCGACGACGAAUCUCGUGCCAAUUACUCCACGUUUCUGAAAGACGUGCGCGGAUGGAUCACCCACAUUGUCGGUGCGUUGCUACGGGUCGCCCGCCCGAUCGAUCACCGAUUCCUGCUGCUUCACGCCCUCCGCUGCAAGGGCGUUGGGCAGUGGGGCGCCGGCUUCAUCCAAUGGCACAUUCCCACCCCCUGGAUCGACGAUUAUUGGGAUAACUACCUUGCAACGCUCUAUGGGUUCCUGGGCCCCGUGGAGGAGCUCGAGGAGCAGCGGCAGACACACGAAUUGGAGGAGUUCCAGUUUAUCCAGAAACUCAAGAAACUCGAAGAAUCCGACUGGGUAGUAGUCAUCCAGAGUGAAUACGACCCGGAUGCUCCGCGGUUUCUUGUCACCAAUCUCUCCGAAGACGACUAUCUCUCGCUCCUCCAUCAGUUCAAGAUUUGCGAGUUCUAUUCGGUUUUUGUGCAGACCUGUCUCGGCCGCUAUCUCUCCGAUGUCGAUGCGAACUUGCCCUCGGCGAGCUCUCACCUGAUGCGUCUCUUUGCUGUCUCGAAUCGCUACAUGAUCAUCCUCACCCGCGGGUUUCAGAUCUUUCCAUACCGGCGGUUUCCGAAGAUGGUCCAGACGCUCGGUCAAAUCAUCGCACAGUCAACCCACAUUCUCGGCAAGGCCAUUUCCGACACAUUUUGUUCCUCGGAGAAAGCCCUCAACGCGGCCCCAUUCCUUCACACGCUCAGCCUGGUCGGCCCCGAAUAUGUGUCCAGCGUCCAGUCGGAAGUCGAUGGGUUCUUUUCCCGCGCUGCUUGCCAUUUGCUCAGCGCUGCCGGAACAGGAGUCUGGCAAAAUUUGUCGAGCCUGUCAUUUGACUACGUUUCUGCUCAAGCCAAGUGGGUUCUGAUCUCUGGAAUUGUCGAUGGGACGUUGUUCUCGGGGGGCAAGCUCACUCACAAAUCCAAAGAGGAUCUCUUCGCGAUCCUUAGAGAUACCGACAUCGAUAGCCUUGCCAUCAGCUCCAAAAUCCUCGACAACAUCAACGAAGCUUGCUCCCUCCUGGCUGUCAUAACCAACAUUGUCUUGACACCCUUGAGCUCGACAGAGGAGCGGUCCUUGGCAGCUGUGCCUGGACUCGAGGUGUCCUUCCGAGAGCUGUCCAGCGUUGCCGUCUUUUUGAUAUAUCGCCUGCUCUGCCAGAGUCACUUUCCUGAUGACCUAGUGGAAUAUUCGCUGGAUUUAUUGGCACGAAUAUGCACUGUAUUCCCGGUCCAUAUAUCCGCCAUCCUGCAGUGGACUCGGAGCGAUCCCAUGGAACUCGGCUGCGACAGUUUGGUUCUAUUCCGGCGGCUACCAGUGCAUCUCUGGAAGCCCUCACUCCUUGAAGUCGAAAUUCUCUGCGAGAUGCUCAAGGACCCAGUCGGAGGUAUCAAGUUCGAUAUAGCUCGGCACUGCCUCGACCACCUAGACUGGGAAGAGUCUCGAGGAUCCCCUGCCGAUGUGCAGCUUGCUAUCCCUCGAUCCUGCCACCGGCAUGUUGCUUUGGCGAUAGGAAACCUAUGCCUCGACCAUGAGAGUAUGAAAGCUUCGAAGAGUGGGCUGAUUUCGGCCACGACUGUGGUGGCGACAACGGUCGCAUCCACCGUCAGCACCUUUGCGCCUAUUCCGUCCGCACUGGCACAACUGAUUCCUGGACGUGCGAUCGACUUUGUGGCAUGGUGCUGGGAAACGAUUCAAAGGCUCAAGAUCUACCAGAAGCCCAUAUCGCACAGCACAUAUGCUCUGGAGUCUGUGGCACCAGGCGAGCGGCCAUUUGAGCCUCUCAACUCGCCCUCGUUAGCAACUCUUCGCGGCGCCAUGAAAACCAACUCGCUUGCCGCUUACAUCGUCCUCAUGAUCUCCGAGCUUGGGCAUCACUACGACGAGUUUCGGCGAGAAGGAUGGCCCUUACUCGACCUCGUUGUCGAACACGGCCGCCCCGAAGCUGUUGUUGAUGUGGUGAAUUGUCUGUUCGAUACGUUUUAUUCCACCCACGGGCCCAGUAUCACGACAGACGAAUCCUUUAUUCGGUUCUUUGGUGGCACCAGCCGUACCCAGGGCUUCUUCCGUCAGCGCUUAGAACUCAAAGCCCCACGAGAAACGACGCGGUAUCCGCUGAUACCUGCUGAGGCACUGACCGACUUUGAUGCCGACGUCUACAAGCUGCUUACCCAACAUUUCGGGAUCUUGAUUCCUCCAGGGGUCGAUAGCUUUUUUGGAGAUGCCGAAACAACUCUUCGGUGUGUCUACGUCUGGGUCAUGGCGGUCUUUGCUGAUCCAGAGUGGUAUACCAGUCGCAGCUCGUGCCGCUUCCUGGACAUGAUCUGCGAAGUAGCCUUCGCAUAUCGGUACGACAGCAUUGUACGGCCUAUGCUAGCUGAGGAGUACGGCCGGGUGGUCAAGCAACAUCUCCAGCUCAAAAGCAGCAGCACGGCGGCCUCGUUUGCCAAUCCCGUCGGGUCGGCAUACAAUUUUGCCUCGGCUGCAGUCGAGUCGCUCUACGCUUCGUAUCCAAGUUUGCUUUCUGACAAGAGCGGAUGGAGCUUGACUGGUAGCCCCAGCGGUAUCGACCGUGACUGCAUGUGGCUCUCGUUCCAGGCUCUCAUGGUCGAAACGCUGCAUGAAGCUCCCGCGCGUGAGCAGCUUGGACAACUCUUGUCCCGCGAUAUCCAGAUCCCUAUUUCGAGCGCCAUCAGCAAUCUUGCCCUCAAGAGGCCACUCUCAGGCUUCUUGAUCUUCAAGUGGAUCGAUUCGGCCCUGGAGGCCCCUAUGGAGCAUCCGCUCACUCCGCUCUAUUGGCAGGUUUUCUUUUCACUGUACUUCCAAAAGAGCACGGCGCCCACAAAUCAGAUGAAUGCACGAUUCGGAUUUAGGUUUCUUGUUGACCGCAAAGAUCUGCUCGAUCGAGCGGAGACGAGGCUGGCAAGGUGCUCCCAGUAUCACUCCGACAAGAUCAUCAAGCGUGAGCCCGCCGGAGCCCUUGACGACCGAGACGGUCUGGACUACUACUCAACGCUAUUAUCGAAGCUCUACAACGCCAUGUGUCUGUGGAUACGCGACAGUCGGCUGGUGACUGUUAGCAUUGCGCUGGAGCAUCUCUCUGAUCGGUACUUUCCCGAAAGACUCAACGACGUUCUGGAAGGCAACGCCUUGCAGUCCGACCAAUAUCUAUGGUCCGACUUGGUUCCCACAGGGCACUUGCAAUCCCACCUCAAGGCCUUGGUUCAGUCCAGACUCUUCUCUCCCAGGGUCACCCACCGUGUCACCUCAUUCGAAUCCAUCAGGGAGCGGUCCCAAUCUGCGCCGGACGACGAGGCCCGGGCUGUUCAGAGCCAGCCCCAGCCGUCGCCAGUAUAUGUCUCACGACCCCCGCUCGUCCCCACCCUCAGCAAGCUCGACAUUCCAGCUAUCGAGACGAUCUUCCGGGUCGACACCAAGACCCUGACUGCCAAGGCAAGGGCCUUCCACGUGUUCGUCGAAAGCCAUGCCCAGGUUGACAGGGAUUAUAUGUCGCAGCUUCCCAGGCUGUACAUCAACGAAACAAAAUCCGGCCGCGUCGAGAAGAAGUGCAGUCCCAAGUGCAGCCGCGCGAUUACAUUCGAGUACAGGUACCAAGAAGUCCGUUUGAUCGCCGACGUACGCCGUUUCCUCAAAGAAAACCGAGCACACUCGGAAAGCUUCGUCAAUGUCGAACCGUUCAUCGACCCAGCGCUUUGUGUCAUGUGUCUCAAAGUCCUCCGCGCAGUCGAUUGGCUCAAUCGUGCCGGUGACAAGUCAGCAGAAACACGAGUCCAUUCUGCUGCGAUUGCGAUCUUCUACGCGGUCCUGGAGCUCUUGGAUCAAGAGAUGGCACAGAUCUAUCCUCCGGCUCGUCGCAUUCUUGAAAUAGCUGUUGCGUCGCUCGGCCAGAGGUACAUCAGGAACUCCGCCGAGGAGACCGAACAUCUAUUUGCCAUCAUUCUCGGAGGAACAAACGUCGAGUUGCUUGCCUCGAUCUUUAACCCAGCCAUUUCGGCUGCCAAGUUUGUCGAAAUGUAUGCCGCUUUGAUGGCACACGAGGAAGCCCCAGGCCAAAGUUCUCCAAACCGCGCAGUACUCGCUCGCUUUGUGAUCAAGGACUGGCUGGCGCUUGAGCCUCCACCGUCCGCCGAGGAUAUCGGGCGCUUCCUUCAGUCGCUGGUUGAGUCACUCCGGCUGGAGUAUCCCGCAAAUCCUCCUCAGCGAACAACGAUUCAAGGGACAGCGACGCAUCAGGUCCCCCCGCCAGCCGAGUCUGCCAUGCCUGCUCAAAUCGUGCCAACUUUUGCUGUCAACCUUCUCCAACGAUACAUCGGCUCUAUGUCAACCGCUCCUGGACUCACACAUCCAUCUGUCCAGAUACCGCCGAAUCAAAUCAGUACUGCCGGACACAUCAAAAACUCGGAGCUGCAUCGACAACACACGCAGCUGCUCAAAGAUCUGCUGGUCAGCGAAUUCGACGUCAGUGCAAGCGACGCAAUCGUCCUGGCCCUCCACCACAUUAUCAAAUCCAACUUGAGCACCGAGGUCCUCGAUGUUCUCAAGGACAUUGUACAAGAGGCCAAAGGUCAAAAAAAAUCUGCACCGAAAACACCUCCGGGCAUGCGAGUGCAGCUCUCCGGUGCUUGGCUCCUCAACUUCCUCAGAUGUCUCGAGGAAGAGUUUGUGAGCCAACGAGAAUGCCUCGCAAAUCUCACCCUGGACACGGUCGAGCCGAUAUUGGAGUUUAUCGGCGCCCUGCUGUCGUCGGAUCUAUUGUUUGCUCAGGCUUCCAAUACCGACCUUGAACAGCUCCUGGAUGCCGUUGAGGCAAUGCUCCUUCCGUGGAUAGGCUUGUGCUCGACCCGGGAGAAGGGGCUUAUCUAUCAACCAGAGCCGCCGCCACACCAAGAAGCUGCGGUUGUCCAGAGGGUCAUUUCCUUCUGGAUCGCGACGACAGAGAGCAUUUGUCGCCGGGGGAAGCUCCAUUUUCCGGCUGACGUCUAUUUGUGGAGAUUUUUCGGGGCCCUGAUCGAGUCCAGUGUGCCCGCGAUUCUCACACACGAGUUUGUUGAACAACUAUUGCGGCGAGCUUGGACGCGAUUCCACUUCGACGAUAGUGUCGUGAUGCAAGCCAGCCGCUGGAGCGCCUCUGGCAAGCUCACCGUUGAAAUCCAGCGUCUAGUCUCGAAGAUGAUGCAGGAAAGCAUCUGGAUCAUGGGCGAGCAAAUGAGCCAAGUUGGACCCGAACCAAACCAUCUGCCGCACUUCGUCCCGCUUGCUCUCAGUCUAAUCAAGGAUAGCGAGGAUGUCUAUGUCUGCACCAGCGACCGCGAGCAGUUUUACAGCACCAUGAAAGCACGAUUCCUCGAAGAUUUCGACUGGCGGACCGGCUUCGACGCCCUCAAAAUGGGCCAAGUCAUCGCGCUGCUGUCACCAAGCUGGGGCUGUGCCCUCGAAAGCUCCACCUCCACGACUGCUUCCGCGCUGUCGAUGACCCUCUUGGUGCUGCGAUACAUGGCCGGAUGGAGAGCUCGCACGAACGAUACCGACACUUUUACCGACAGUCACGAGCGACUCUGCCUCUAUGUCGAAUAUGUCAUGGGGCUUCUGACUCGGCAGAUACAGAGUGAGGCGCAAGAAGUCCGGAUUGCAAACUUUUCGGACACGCAAAUCGCCGCGAUCAUUGUGGAACUCGCUGUCCUCAUCGAGGAUGGUCACAUUCUCUGUGGCUCUGAAGCGCAAGGCUUUGCCGUUAGUCACUUCACGGCAGCGGUUUGUCGCUUGCUCAACGACACCCACCGUGGCAGCAGUGCGUUCAUGCAGGUCUGGAAGGGAUUUAUCAUGGCCGGCAAGCAAACCUACCAUGCAAACAUCAUGAUUUCUGUUUCAUGCCACCAUCUUGCCUCGGCCGAGCACCUGUCGCUCUUCGUGGAAUCAAGUAUCGAACGCCACUUAUCGCUCUACGGUAGCUCCCACGAGUGGGACACGAUUAUGGCCGCACUGGUCGUCCCAGAGAUUGACGAGGAUCUGUUUGUGCGGUACUGCCUGAGCCAUGCGCUUGUGCUCACGCUCUAUGCAUACGCCCUUCAGAAGCUCAAGCAGUGUGGUGACAACAUCGACCUCAAGAUCAUCAUUGGCGAGCAAAUCGGCAACUGGAUUGCGGCGAUCAAAAUGGAGGCGGUCGACGAUCCGGCAGCUGACGGAAAGAUGCUGCUUGUCGUUCAGCUAUUUGUCGACAUCCUGACGCUGGAGCUUUCGUCCAUGACUGUACCGGAGAACCACUCCCGGCUGCGGUCGCAGCUCGUCAGUGUUGCCGAUGUGAUGCUUGGCUGGAGUGAAGAUCGCGCCAGCCAAGGCUUGUGGGCAACGCUCGGCUUCGGUCCCAAAUCCAGAUUGUCGAUCGAGUUCCGUUUCUUCUCAAAGGCUCUCUCCACAUUCAUUGCCACGCGACUCUUCCGCCACGAUGACGGCGACUCUGUAGAGACCUUUAGUGAACCGCAACUUCGGAUGAUCGAGACGUUCGAUGCGCUCUCCAAGAACCGAGAAUACGAGCGUGUGCAUGGAUGGAUCAAGCCCACGACCGAUUUCCUGCUGGAUCCGCAAAAUCGCCUGGGCACCCUUUCGGCGUUUGUGACAAGGAUGAGCGGUCUUUUCCCGAGCUAUGGUUUGGUCGUGUACUCUCGCAUCUAAGCUCGCAAGAAUUACUGAAUAACAAAAGACCAGGGUCCUAGGUAGCCAAAGCGGCGCCUCGCCAUUGCCUCAUCAU